AUGUCAACUAUGUUUUUCUUAUAUUGUGUGGUAUUGAUUUUCUUAAUUUCGUUCACUUCCGGAGAAGAAGGAGUUUUUGAUAAAAUUAAAGCUGGUUUGAAAAAUGCGAAAGGUUACUUAGAAACUGCGAAAAAUAUUGCAGAUUUAGUUUCGAAAAGUUUGAGACAGAAAGACACUACUAAAAAACGUGGCGAUGAUACUGACUUUAGCGAGAAACAAAAUAAGCCAUUCGAAACGAUUAAUGUUGUGUCCACAUUUUUCAAACUUUUAGGAUUAGAUUCUACAAAAAUGACUGCGGUCGCUGUGAAUAGUUUUAUUUUUGUAGCUCAAGUGAUCAGUGAGUUAUUUAAAUUGACUCCCAAAGUUAUCCACGCAAAGACUGUAAGCGACGAAACAGAUCUUUCAGGCCCGAUGAAACUCAUCACGGAUAACGGAAAUGAAAAAAUACAAAAUCUUCUCCAACAAGCUUAUGAUAAAAGUUUACCAAGUAAACUAAUUGAACUUACUAAAGGUUUCGAUUCUUCAUGCGUACGUCUAUUGGUUUGCAAAACGUCUCCUGUAAUUUGGGCUGCUCAAAAGUCAUUAAAAAAUCAAAUGAUUAACCAUCGAGAUAUUAGUUCAUGGCUCCCUUCAAGAGAGAAAUUUGAAGAAUACUCAGAUAUCUGCGAUGAGAACCAUAGUGAUUGCAACAUCAAUUUUCAUUUGUAA